AAACCCUUUUAAUCCACAGCACAACGAAUGAAAGCGAGAGAGGAAGAGCAUGUGAAGGAGCAACAGAUAUUAACGAAGACAGAUCAGCCCCGUUAAGGUUUGCAGAAUGUGAAAGGAAAGAGAAUAUGUUCUUGUAAAAAUCUUCUUAUGUAACGUAAAUAGCAGCCAAAUGUGAAAAAGAAGAGGAUGAAAAAUUACUCGUGUGUUUCCUGAUCUUGACAAAAAAGAUGUCACGAUUCAGGGAAGCUCUUAAAGAGAAUGAAUCUGGAAAGAAGAACACUAAGAUGCCUCAAAAACAAAAACAGGCUGAAAAUAAGGACAAUGCAGUGAUAUCAAAGGAUAGGCUCCCUCUGAUUGGUUCAUCAAGAAAUAAAUCUGCAGCGAGGCCCUCUCUAGCCACUCCUUGGGCCGAACCGAGGAAACGCAGCCAUCCUCCCGUCUCAUCUGUGGCCCCUGACAGCAUGACACCCUGGGAAGGCUCCUCCCACUCCGAGUCAUCCUUUACCAGUUUUCCCCCUCCAGUUUCACCCCUGCCUCUUGCCCACUCGAAGCCAAUCACAGCACCAGAUCCUAAGCCCCCACCACCCCCUCCUCAAAUCACAAACACCGAACCUGAGAAUAGUCAGAGUGCCCGGGUAAAACGCAAGCUGCUCCCACCAAGGCACCCCUCGAGACCUCCCCGUUUGCCCCCCCUGAGGCAAGUCACAAAUCUUAGCUUUUCUCGUAGCUUCACAUUUUCAUUUUUUGAGCUGCCGGUUCACCAGUCUGCACGGAGCAGAGCGGAGCGCCUCAGAGAUCUCACUGUGCUGCUGAGGCAGUUUCAUUACUAGAGAAAAACAUGGUGUUGAGAGUUCACAUCUAGAGCAGAAAUGCAUCAUGUGGGAAAAACAUGUACAGAAACACAUGAUUGUCUAUGACUUCACAUCAGUG